CUUCGCCCUGUCAGCCCGCAGAGUCACAGUCCCGUUGGGAGUUCAGCGCCUGUUGCGACUCCAAAGCCGACUCUCCCCCCUGGAUGUGGCUCGCGCGCGUCUCCCCCCCACCUCACCCCUCCCGGCCAACUCGCAAAGUGCUGCGCGUCAACACGUCUGCUCGCUCCGCUUCCGAAGUAUAAACGUGUGCUGCUGCUGCCUCUUCUUUUGACGAUGGACGAGGGCAACACCGUCUUGCCCGAUUUGAAGGAUAUAGAGACGAAACUGGGUCUGAAGGUCCCGGAGUGUUUGGCUCGUUCUCUCGCCGCAGGAACGCGUCCCGACAAGCACGAGAAGUCUGCAGCGCCGCUGUUCGUGAACCGCAAACUGUGCGCCGACAAUACGGACUUGAAGAGGCUGGAGAGCAAAAUGCUGUUCCUAAAACAAGAAAUGGCACAUCUCCGAGCCAUCGAUGUGAAGCUGAUGCAGCAGCUUAUGUCAAUCAACGAGGGCAUCGAGUCCAUCCGUUGGAUCAUCGAAGACAAGGGAGGCGUGGCCAGCCAAGAGGGCAGCCUGACGGGCAGCUUGUACAGCCUGUCGGACAGCCAGGACAGCACCUCGCUGCGGGGGAGCUUCAACAGCUUGAACGACGGCAACAGCGACGGGCUCGACAGUCUGUCUGUGGGGAGCUACUUGGACACUCUCGCAGAGGACCUCCCGGACGACCCCUCACCGAGCGACCUUGACCGUUUCGUUGAUAAACCGGUGAUCGAUGGGGAUACUUUCAGCAAAUCACCACUGAAACUCCGGGUGGAAUCGGAUGAAUACUACUGCUUCGGAUAAUGACGAGCUCAGCACAGUGGUGGCACGGAGACUACUCAGAUGUUAUGUGAAGAAAGAUUCAUAAAACGCGUUCUUCACUUUGACAAAUUAACACGGCUGACGGAAUAUUUCUCCCCUCGCAAAAGCGACAACCGAUGUGUUUGCGAAGACUUUCCAAAAAUGACUCGUGUUACUUUUCACCCUGAAACCAGCGUCCUUAUGUAGUGGUUUGAACACUCCUCAUCAAACCAUUGCCACUUACUGUCACAGUUCUUUGAGUCUUAAUAUUUUUAUCAUGCAGGUCAAUUGACCACAAAGGGUCCUCUGUUCCGUUUUAAAGAUUGUAUUUAUUGUGAGUUAUCCAAUGCCUCUGCAGUUUAUUUUUUAAGGCGGAGUACCUCUCGGACUAAAAUUGCUGAAGAUGGGGUGAUGGAGAGUAGCAACAUAAGCUGAACAACAAAUGUUCUUCAUCAGCUUUUGUGUCAGGUCAACCCCAAUCACCGGAUUUUUAGAGAAGGAGUUGAUUAGGAUUUAGCAGCCACUUGGAAAAUUGGACGUUUCAAGUGGCGUGAACUAUUUAAGGUGGAAAAGUGGUACGUUUAAGUGUUCAAGCAAGUGCAAUUUGCAUCCAUGCCAAAAUCUGAGCUCCACCCGCUACACAAGUUAAGCUUGUAAUUAUUUUUACUUAAAUGUUUCGACUGAUGGAAGUUCCGAAGCUAAAUCACAGUGUGCAUUAGUCAGUUACACGAAAGAGAUUAGGAGCACACGCGGAGCACAGAUGCUUGACUGAACACCAAAGCAAUUUGAUUGUCUUAAAGAUAAACCCUCUGAUGCCUGAUGGGAGAGGUUAAUGACUGUGGACACGUGUGUGUGUGUGUGUACAUUUUAAUGAUCCGUUAUCAAAAACAGGUGUGUUGGUUCAGCUUUAAAUGUUAUGUUGAUCGCUCAUUUGUAUUUUACACUGCCUGCAUUUUUAAGAAAAAACAUGUUUUUUUUAUUAUUGGUUUCUGUUAAUUUUGUUGAAUGAAAUAAUAUAUUGUGAUUUUUCUCCUGUU